UCGUACACAACGAGACUCUCGUGACGAUCGUGACACUUCAGGAAGAAACGUCAGGUGACGUCAGGGUUAAAUUGCGAAGCGCGCGUGUGUGUACGUUUAUUUUCUCUUUUUGAGACAGAUUCCAGAUUGUUUUCGUCGCACAGCUGAUGUGCGUGUACACACGCGCAUCGUCACGUCGACUCGUCGUCGAGAAUUCUUUAUGACGUUCGCUUAACGCUACACCGAACGAUGGCGAGUGCGAAUGACAAAUCGGAGAGGCUCCAAUCCAACGAGGAGGUUAUCGAGGAGCUCACCAAAGAUCUGGAAAGUUCCUGCGUCCGAGAAGGCGGUGAUCAAAAAGAGGACGGCUCCUCUGUCACGCGAUCGAAGGACGCGAGACUCGACGGGGAUUCCUGGGACGUUCUAGAUAAGGAACGCAACGAGGAUAGCGAUGACAACGCACAAAAUACAGAACCACUGGAGGACGUGGACGAGGUGCUCCUUAAGGACAGAGAUCUGUCGCUUACGGAAAGCGAGCAGGAGGUGUUGAAAUGUGAAGCAGAGAAUCUGAAGCAGGUGGGCAAUGAUCUUUUUAAGAGCGGCGAAUACGUACAGGCAAUAUCGCAGUACACGCAGGGACUGCAAACUUGUCCUUUGGUAUAUAGCAAAGAAAGAGCUAUAUUGUAUGCGAAUAGGGCAGCAGCAAAAGCAAAGUGUCAGACAGAGAAGGAUUCGGCGAUAUCCGAUUGUUCCAAAGCUAUUGAAUUAAAUUCAAGUUAUGUAAAGGCAUAUAUAAGAAGAGCGCAGUUAUAUGAGGAGACGGAAAAAUUAGAUGAGGCAUUAGAAGAUUUCAAGAAAGUAUUGACAUUUGACUCUAGUCACAUAGAAGCUAAUCAUGCUGUCAGGAGGCUACCUCCGUUAAUCAACGAAAGAAACGAAAAGCUGAAAACGGAAAUGUUGGGUAAACUGAAGGAUCUAGGGAACAUGGUUUUGAAACCUUUUGGUCUUUCCACGAAUAACUUUGAACUGGAGAAGGAUCCCAACAGUGGUGGCUAUUCCGUAAAGUUUCAUCAGAACCCCAUGUAACAAGCUAGUUAUAUGUUUCUUAUUCAUAAAAAAAAAACUGGAUAAAAGUGUCCUCUUUAUCUGUAAGAUAUUAAGAUAUAUUUAUAUAUUCUACACGAAUCCCAUUAUGAAUUUUAUUCCUAGCUAUACAAUUAAAUAUAAAUAUUAACGAAA